AUGAUACUCAAGACACUCAAGCCGGAGAUUCUCGACCUCGAGACGAUACAUUACCCGUGGGGAAAGGAACCACUUCUAUACCUCUCUGUGUCCGAGGAGCAGCUGGCGCCCGAGUCCGGCCUACAGGCCCCUGCUGACUUCUAUGUCGAGCGCUUUGAUCUGACCAAGUUUCUCCAGGCCAGCAACAGCAAUAACGAGAGCCCUGUUCGUUUCGGUCUCUUUACGUCCCGCCUCGUCGUCCCCAAAGGCUGGGGAAGGGAUGUCGGACUCUCCCUGUCGGGGGUUGACGGCCGUGGGGAAACGGAGAAGGAAGAUGCUAAGCCGGACGGGGCCAACGGUGGGAUAUUGGAGCUUUUUAUCGAGCAGGUUUCGCUCUCGACGGCCGACAGGCUUCGAGUACAAGCUGUCGGCGGCAAAGGCUUGAGUCGGACUGACACGCCCGACACGGAUGAUGAGGGCAAAGGCGAGGACGGGGGUUAUGGUGGCAACGGAGGCGUCGUCAAGAUUCUCUUCGGGACACCCUCAGCAUUGGUGACCAGUCGCCUCGUCGAGAUCAGGGUAGCUCUGGACGACGACAGAAGGGAAUCUUGGCCGAUAGCAUACAGCAAAGAGAUUGGGGAGUUUGCGAGACUAGUAAACAACAAGGAGGUCAAGGCCAGCGGCGUGGAGAUACCCGAGUCGAUGAGAACCAUGAAAGGGCUCUCGGCCACGCGCAAGGUCCUCUUCAGGUGGACGCUCAACGCCCUCAUUGAGGCUCUCAAUGGGAAGCCGCUACACGUCGCUGCUGCUCUCUCGCAGGGUGUUGAUGUCUCGGCUGGCGGUGGUGGCUUGGGUGAGCGUGGGAAAGACCGCAAAGGCAAGGACGGCCAGUCCGGCGAGAAAGGGACGUGGUACGCCCGGUCCAAGGACGACUAUGAAAGCCUCUGGGAAUCGGGUUUGUGCUUUGCCCACCCUGUCCAGUGCCAGAUGCUUCUGGACAAGGCCAAGUUCCUCUACUUUAAAGGGAGCGAUCAGGACAAGGCUGACUGCCUCGAUAUUCUCGAGAGGCUCCAGAGGCGGCUCGCGGUCUUUGGCACGAAGGCCACUGACCACUCCAUGUCCCUUCUCUUCGAGUCGUACCGCAAGUCAGCGGAUCGACUAUACACCGUGCAGGACGCCGACCAUACUCCCAGUGCCGUCACACGUCUCAGGCAUAUCCGCGAGGACGCUGCGACAUAUGAGCAACAAGUGCGCACGCAAAAGGACUUUUACGGGAAGGAGCCCGGUGAGGUUCCAAGGGGCUCAUUCACUUUCUAUCAAAAAGGGGCAAAGGAGGUCCUGGAGCACCUGCAGGAGGUCGAGGACGUAUACGGGGAGUACUACACGGCGACCAACGAGACAGCUGAGAAGCUGUGCAAGGUGCGGGAGCGGGCGAGCAUCUGCAAUCGCUCGAUUGGCCUGACCAAUGAUCUCAUCGAGGCGUGCUUCAGGGAUAUCAGCACCACGGUGCGCAAGGUCGAGGCCGGCGUGGACGCUCAGAGGCGGACCAAGCAGAAGCUGCUCGUGGCGAUGCGCCAGGUGGGCGACAAGAUCAAAGAUCACUUCGGCCUUGAAGUCCAAGACCUUAUCGAUGCCAUGGGCCAGAUCCUAUUUUGCCACGGGAGCUACGCCAUGAUCGGUGUGCAGACGGCUGGGUUGGUCGACAAGGGCCUCACCAAGGUCCUCAACGAUCGGGGCAUACCUGUUGAGAAGAAAUACCUCCUACGAGAGCUUCAAGAGAUUGAUGGGACCGUCCAAGGCCUGAAAGAAGGGUUCAAGCUUCUCAAGAAUAGGGGGAUCAAGAUCGACGACCCGGGAACCGAGAAACUUCUCAUGGCCAAGUUCCAGUUUGAGCAGCUCAUGGGUGAGUUCCGUGAUGUGAUUGAGGACGGCCACAAGGACGUACUCACCAGCUUUGAUGCUUAUAUAGAUGUCUUGAGUACACGAAACACGGCCAUCCUGCACUACAACGCAGCCCUUGUGCUCCUCAAGAGUUACUACCAGAAGAUUGAACAGCUGAGUUUUGACAGCCAGGACCUAAAGCGCGAGGAAUGGGACAAGCUGGGCGCGGGGCACCCCGCCAUGACGGGCUUCCUUAAGAAGAUCUACGUCCACAAUAUUGCCAUGGCUCAGAUUUGGCUAUACAAGGAGCAGCAGUCGUACCAGUUUGUCUCUCUCGAGAAGGACAAUGUGAUUGGGGAUACGAUGAGAGACUGUUCCACGUCGCAGUUCAACCAUGCCAUGCUGCACGAACUCCACCAUGCCCUCGGCAAGAGAUACGACAAGUUUGUCCAGGACCGGGGCCAGCCGCCGCAGGAGUAUCACCAGCUACGCUACCAUCUCCCUAAGGACGACAGAGAGUACCUCAAGUGCGCGGCCGACGAGGACGGCGUGCGUCUGUCCGUUGACAACAUUCCCCUUGACCAUCCGGGCUUUGUCAACAAGUACGACGUGCGCCUGUCCAACGUCCGUUUUUUCGCUGACGGCGCGGUCACUAAGACGGAUCGUUUAGAGGUAAUGCUGACUCACAACGGGAAGGAGAUAUUUGUGAACCAGGGCGGACAGCAGACGGUCUUUACCCACCACCCCGUCAAGGUCACCUUCAAGUACAUACUCUCGACCAAGGACCACACCGGGGAAGAUACCACAGACGGGACUAUCGCCUUGGAUGACAAGGACGACGUCUACGCCCGCGUCGGGCCCUUUGCGCGGUGGACGAUAGAGAUACUCGGGUCGGCCAACGAAGGGCUCCAACUCACGAAUGUGUCUGAUGCGUAUUUCGAGUUUGACUUUCGGUACUAUACGGCGUAG